AUGUAUAAAAUUAUCGUUGUUUUGGUUAUUGCCAUUCGCUUUUCUCUUGUAUACAUUUAGAAUCGAAUCUUUCUGCUUUAUUCAUACUAGUUAUACUUAACUGCUUUUCAAUAUACUAUUUAAACGCAUAUUAUAAAUUUUAGAUGAAAGCAUCGCCGGUAAAGGAGAGAAGUCCGAAUAAUAGUGUCAGUGCUCAUUCAACAGUCAACGUCUAUGAUAGUAGUGAUGAUGAGAAUGAUUUGUUACCAUCAGAUGUCAUUGUGAAUGAGCGACAGUCUUUAUUACUCGGGAUAGAAAAUGAAAGAGUUCCUCGGUAUAUGACAGCCUCACCACUGCCCUCGGCUCGUAUUAAUGAUAAUUCACCAAAAGACAAAUGGGGAAAAUUCAGAGUUCGAUCCAAGUAUUAUUUACCUAUUUUACAAUGGUUACCACUGUACGAUACCCAUCUUUUCUGGGGUGACUUGAUCGCCGGUAUCACCCUGUCAUGUUUAUUGAUUCCACAAGGUUUAUCUUAUGCUACUGCCCUCUGUAAAUUAGAAGCCGUCCAUGGUCUCUAUGCUAUUGCCUUUCCCGCCAUCACGUAUGCUAUAUUUGGCAUGUCCAGACAAAUGUCUGUAGGUCCCGAAGCUACUUUGUCCCUUUUAAUCGGCUCGUCUAUUGCCUCCCUUCAACACGUCGGUGGCGAUUCGAACGAUGCAGUAGAUCCUCUCGCAUGGGCCUGCCUCAUGACGAUUUUUGUUGGUGUCUUUACAUUCCUCCUCGGCAUUUUCCGUCUAGGUUUUCUUGAUAGUCUGAUGAGCCGUGCUCUCUUACGUGGUUUCAUUUCUGGUGUAGGUCUCGUCGUAGCAUUGCAACAGGGUAUAAUUUUACUUGGUCUCGUUAAAUUGAGUGAAGAAAAAGGAGUUACCGAAGCCUCCAGCUCCAUUGCUCGAUUCCUCUUUUUACUAAGGAACAUUCAGUUUGCGCACGGCUUGACAACGUAUGUAUCCACCGUCUCCGUCUUGUUUCUGAUACUAGCUCGUGUAACCAAAAAAAAGCUUUCGCAAUACAAAUGGGUGCAAUUGAUACCUGAGGUACUCGUCGUGGUCAUUGUAUCGUCUGUUUUGACCUAUGUGCUUGAUUGGGAAAACCAAGGGCUAUCCAUCUUAGGUACAAUUGAAGGAAAAGGGAUUCCUCUUCCUUCCAUUCCCGCCUUCCCUGCAAGCAAGAAUAUGAAGGACUUACUGGUAACGGCUGCCAUGAUCUCCGUCAUUGGUUUUGUCGAAUCGGUUGUGAUCGCCAAGACCUAUUCCAGUAAGCAUAAUUAUUCAGUAAGCGCCAAUCGUGAACUAGUCGCGCUUGGAGCUGCCAACAUGAUCAGUGGUUUAUUUCAAGGUAUUCCUGCUUUUGGGUCAGUAGCACGUAGUAAAAUCAAUGAUAAAGCCGGUGCUCGUACUCAAAUGGCUUGUUUGAUUGCUGGUGUCAUUUCUCUUCUGGCGAUCUUUUUCCUGUUGCCUUACUUCUACUAUUUACCCAAGUGCGUGUUAUCAGCCAUCAUUUUCAUUGCUGUUCUGUCGUUGUUGGGUGAGUUACCAGAGGACUUGCAUUUUAUCUUCAAGAUCGGUGCCUGGCGUGAUUUGAGUUUGCUCUCCAUUACUUUUUUUGCUACCAUCAUUAUCUCCUUGGAGUUUGGUACUUUGCUAGCAGUGACCUUAUCCCUGUUGUUGACCAUUAAAGAAACGAGUUAUCCUAGAAUUUCGAUUAUGGGCCGUGUGAAAGGUACCCACAACAAAUUUAAGCCGAUUCAGGAUGACCCCGAUGUAGUAGAGCAUUUGGAAGAUGUUCUUAUUGUUCGUAUCGAUGAGCCUUUAUUCUUUGCUAAUACAGGUCAACUCAAAGAUAGAUUACGUCGUCUUGAACAAUUUGGUGAUAUGUCCAUCCAUCCUUCAGAAAGCCCACGACUUGGCAAAUUAUCCUACAUGAUUUUUGAUGUAGACAAUAUGCCAGAAAUAGAUGCCAGUGCUGUUCAGAUCUUGUAUGAAAUUGUAGAAGCUUACUAUGCUCGCCAUGUCAAAGUCUUUUUCGUUCGACUUCGCAGUCAGCCUACCGCUUUAUUCAGAAAGUCUGGGUUAUAUGAUGUCGUCGGCGAACAGAACUUUUUCAGAAAAGUGCAUGAUGCCAUCGAAGUCAUUGAAAAGGAUAUGAUGUCUCAGCAGCAUAGCCAAGGUAUUGGCCAUGGGCAUUAGUCCUGAAAUACAUUUGAUAAUCUUGAAUGGUCCAUUAAUUCUUUCGAACCGAUCCACUUAGUAUAUUAGAAGCCUUCUCUUAUAAUCUCUCAUUUUUACAUAAGGCAUUAUUACUAGUUCUCAUUACAAAAAUACUAUUUAUCUAUCUUAAAAAGUUUAUAAAGUAUCAUUUAUAUGCAUUUUGGUGAUAGUUGAGCCCAUAAAACAAUUUUUGUAAGCAAAAGACUUUUGGAAUAAAGAAAAAAGUCCCCUUGUCAGUUUUGUCUAUUCGAUCGGUUUUUUUCUUUUUUGUUGCCAAACAAAGCUGAUUGUUUACAACUUUUCUGAAUACAUUAAAUGUUUUGUGAUACGCACACUCAGAUUUAGCAAUAAGCGUUUUCUAGAAAAAUCAGCUGCUU